AUGGCCCGCGCAGUCCGCAUCCAGGAAGACCCCUCUUCCAGCGACGAGGACGACUCACGCGUUGCUGGUGCUAACGCCUCGUCGUCGUCGUCGGCCCUGACGUCGCCGUCGUCGGAUAAAGAGAAUGCACGCAGCAGCACCGCGAAGAAGGCGAAAGGUGUCGGUAGCACCGCAUCGAAUACAGACAGGGACGCAACGGGGAAGGGAACGGCGAAAGGGAAGGGGAAGGGGAAAGAGGUGGCCCGUAGACGCGGUGGGGGGCUGGCGGAGAUUGGGGAGCAGAAUGAGAUAUUAGAGGAGGAGGAAGAGGAGGAAGAAGAGGAGGAGGGAGAGGAGGAAGAGGAAGAGGGGGGAGAAGAGGAGGAAGACGGCGAGGAGGAUGGAGAAGAGCAGGAUGGUGAAGGGGGAGAGGAGGAGGAGGUAGAGCAGGAGGAUACGGAUAUGUACGACCCUGACCAGGACCCGGAGGAGCGCAGGCAGAUGCGGAUGCAGUACCGGGAGCUGUGGAGGAAACUUAACGACAACAAAAACGAAUACCUCCAACCGCACUCAGACGGCAUCCGCCGCACCUUCGAACAAGCCGAGCAGCUCUUCAAAAAAGUAAAACAAACCUCCGACGCCACCAUCGACUCCCGCCUCCUCGUGCAAGCCACCGACCUCGCCCUCAAGAAGGCCACAAACCUCACCUACGGCAACUCGGGCGCCACCAUCGACGCCGACGAGUUCGUCGGCCAAUGCAUCGCCUUCAUGCGCAGCAGCACCCGCCCCGCCCGCCCCAACGCAGACCAGGACGACAACGACGACGCCGCAGCGGCAGACGACGCGAUGGACUGGGCGUACCUCGGCCGCAUGGCGGCGUUCAAGGGCAACAAGCGCCCGGCCACGACGGACUUCCUCCUGGGCCCGCUGUCGGUCACGAAGAAGAUCCGCAUCAUGAAGGCGCGGCGGCAAGGGCUAAGGCGCGACAACGCGAACCUGGUGAGGCCCGUCGAGGUGACGCAGGAGCCGGGGGAGAAGGCGGAGUCGGGCAGCAGCGCGAUGAGUGCGCUUGUGCAGAAGAUAUAUUUGGACCUGAAGGCGUGGUUCCGCCGCAAUCCGAGGCAGGCGGAGAAGGGGCUGAAUCUGUUCCGGUUUGUGGUCAAUCCGGGGUCGUUUGGGCAGACGGUGGAGAAUAUGUUUUAUUUGUCGUUCUUGGUGAAGGACGGGUUUAUUGCGAUUGCGCAUGAUGAGGAGAAUGGGUUGCCGGUGAUCCAUUGUACGGACCCCGCCUCCCAGGACGACCACAAGGAGUUCGACAUCAUGAGGAACCAGGUCAUCUUCUCAAUAACGAUGUGGGAGUGGCAGGAGAUGAAACGCAUCUUUGACAUCACGGAGAGCAUGAUACCCACGCGCGUGCAGGAGCAGGCGCUGACGAGUACUACGGGGUGGUAUUCGUAG